CUAAAACAAAAUUAUUCAAAACCGUCUACAUCGCGUAUAUGUUAUUAUUAUUAUGAUAUCUUACGCGAACGUUUGACGCGUAUACUCGUCAGCAAUUCGUUUUCAAUAGUGUAGCAGGCCACGUCAAAACGGCUCUUGACCAACUAUGAAGUUUUCAAAAAUCAUGAUCGUUCACCGACACCGAAGGAUGAUGGUUUUCAGUAUCAUAGUGGUAGUAUUGGCUCUGAUACUGACGGCCAAGCACGAGAAUUAUGUUCGGUUCAUCAGCAGCGACAUGGAAAAUGCCAAACCACGCGAUGUGUGGGAAUACGUGUCGGACUUUUCUAACGUGAUGAAACUCAAUCCGACCAUAAUGAAAUUCAUAAUAACGCACGAAUCGACAGAUUACAAACAAUGGAACUAUACGGUCGAGUACGAAGAACACUUAUCUCAGAUUCCGUUCGUGAUCAACAAAAUUAUCGGUGAUUUCAUUGUAGACAAAUCGCAUUCGCAACCCGCAAUCAAAUCAACACACCGGACAUGUUUUGCAAAGAUUUAUUGCUUGAACACCAAAUCGGAAAUGAUAUUUGUGGACCUAUCAAAUGGUACCAGGGUCGUGGAGAUGAUCAAGUACGAAUGCCCAUGGUUGUUGACGAAGUUUUGCAUGAAUGAAGUCCUCUAUCAGCGGAAAGAAAUAUUUAGACAACUCCAGACUGUAUUCACGCAUACAAGACAUUAGAAUUAAUUUUAUUAAAAUGUAUAUUACUUACUAUUAUUAAUGUAAUUUUGUUAAGUUAGCUUUUAUUAAAAAAAAAACAUAUAUAUAUAUAUAUAUUUAAUUAUUUAUACUCCAUCUUUAUCGUGAGAAGACAGUGCACCGUUCAUUAUCCCACUAUAGUUUAAUUAAUAGUUCCCGAGAAAUAAAGAUUUUCCCCCACCACUCUUAAACCAGAACAAAAGAACAAAAUUUAAAUUGUUAAUUCUUAUUUUUGACUUUUUUAUUUUUAUUUUAUGUAAGGGAUUAAUAUUCUUUCGACUAGAUCGAAAAGAAUAAUAAUAAUAAAAAAAAAACCGAAUAAUAUUAUUAACGCAUUUUUUUAACGGAGUUUUACUUCUUGCACUACGUAAAGAAUAAAAAUAAAAUAAAAUAUUGUAUUCUGGCGGUAUCUGAAUGCAAAUGAAAGAGCUCGAUUAACAUUAACGUUUUUCUUACAGAUUAACAUUCCAACAAAUACCGCUUUAAUAUAAACAAUAUUUUUUUUUAUAUAGUUUUGUGAUUUGAAGUAUCAGUGUAUAUAUUUUUUUUUUUACAUUAAAAUAUAAUAAUAUUUCUGAACCCAUACCAAUCCCAGUGAAUGACCGUCUACGGCUGAAUGUUUAUGCUAUAUUAAUGCACAGUGCACACAGACAGCCUAAAACGUUUCUCGUUAUUUACAAUAUCAAAUUUUCAUAUUUAAUUCGAAUCAUUUGAAUAAUGUAAAGCGCUUUAUUAUGCUUUUGAACUCGCAAUAAACAUGUGAAAAUAAACAC